GGCGGCGGGCCCGCGGCACGGGGAUGGGCGCUGCUGGCCCGCGGGGUCCAGGCGGAGGGGACUCGGCCCCGACGGCCUCUCCCGUGCUCUCCCCUCCGCCGGCCGCCCCCCAGCCCUGCCGGACCCCCCCGCACUCCCCUUAGGGCCCGGCUCCCCCCGGCGCUCCGGCCUUUCCCCGGCUCGCCCAGUGGCCCCCGUGCAACGCGGACACGCUGCUCCGUGUCCCAGCCGCCCGGGCCCCCUGGAUCCGGCCCUGGCGGCCCCGGCGCUGGGAAGGGCUGGGCUGGGGCCGGGCUGGGUGCUCAGACCCCCGGGACACCCCGCACAUCUUCGUGCUGCCCCUGUGGGGCACCGGAGCAAGAUUUGGGUACUCGGGAGCUUCCAAAACCUCCUUUUUCUUGUGGCUCUUUCUCGGCUUUGCCGCGAGCUGGCUGGGUUGUUGUGGAGGCUCGGGGUGCAGGGAAGGCAGCUGUGGGCAGGUUAGUGAAUUUGUGCCCCUGAUUUUUCAUGAAAAUGUUGUGCUUGCAGGGACCAUCUGUCCUGGCUGUGCUGGUGCGGCUGGUGAUGGGACAGGCACCUCGAGUGGAAUCCGGAGCAUCCCGCCUCCCUCUUCCCGGAUCAAUACCUGCACGGGCCUCCAUCUCCGCGCCGAGAGCAGCGACGCGCCGGGCUCCAGGCUGCUGCGGCAAGGAUGCUCUGAACUCUCCCAGUGCUGCCCUCAGGAUGCCAGAGCCCCCAGUGCCAGCAAGGCCCUGCUCAGUAGCGGCAGGAUUUCAGAAGAGGUGUUUAGCAACCAUGCAGUGGGGUGUGCUGAGCCGGGUGUGCUUCUUGCUGCAGAUGUCGCUGACGUUUGAGGAUGUGGCGCUCUCCUUCUCCCCUGAGGAGUGGGCAAAGCUGUCGGGCUGUCAGCGGCAACUCUACCAGGAGGUGAUGCUGGAGAACUACCAGAUGGUUGCCUCGCUGGGCUGGGCCACCGUCAAACCAGAGAUCAUAUGCAAGAUGGAGCGAGAAGAGACACCGUGCGUGCCAGAUGGCCCUGGGGAGCAGCAGAGGCACCAGAGCCCUGUGCCAGCAGCCGUCAGUCCUGGGAUGCAGAGGGAGACCGAGCGGGUUCCUGAGGGGUUGCCAGAACCCACCGCCCUGCUCCCGGGGAUGCCAAACCCUGACGUGAGGUGUCAGGGGGGCUCAGCCUGCGGACAGCCAGGCGGGAGCCAGGGGGUCCGGUUGGGGCUCCCCCAUCCCUCCUCCCUCCCAGAACCCCAGCCAUUGGAGAAGAGCCGUCUGACAAGCCCCGAGUGCAACAAGAGCUUCCAGAGCCAGUCUGCACUGGAUGUCCACGUGCAGAGCCACACGCGUGAGCGUCCCUUCCACUGCACUGUCUGUGGCAAGAGCUUCAUCUACAAGCAGAACCUGGUGAAGCACCAGCACGUGCACAACGAUGAGAAGCCCUUUGCCUGUGGUGACUGCGGCAAGAGCUUCAAAGAGAAGUCGACCCUCAUCACCCACCAGCGCAUCCACACCGGGGAGAAGCCCUUCACCUGCACCAACUGUGCCAAGAGCUUUAGGGAGAAGUGGACCCUCAUCAUCCACCAGCGCAUCCACACCGGGGAGAAGCCCUUCACCUGCACUGACUGUGGCAAGAGCUUUAGGGAGAAGUGGACCCUCACCAGCCACCAGCUCAUCCACACCGGGGAGAAGCCCUUCACCUGCAAGGACUGUGGUCAGAGCUUCAGGCAGAAGAAGGGCCUCAUCAUCCACCAGCGCAUCCACACUGGCGAGAAGCCCUUUGCCUGUACUGACUGUGGCAAGAGUUUUGUCUGCAGGGACAAGAUGCUGCUUCACCAGCGCAUCCACACUGGAGAAAAGCCCUACACCUGCACUGACUGUGGCAAGAGCUUCAGGCAGAAGGUGAACCUCAUCACCCACCAGCGCAUCCACACCAACGAGAAGCCCUUCACCUGCAAGGACUGUGGCAAAAGCUUCAGGCAGAAGGUGAACCUCAUCACUCACCAGCGCAUCCACACUGGGGAGAAGCCCUUCACCUGCAUGGAAUGUUGCAAAAACUUUAGGUAUAAGAAGCACCUGAAGAGACACCUGUGGGUUCACCAGGGCCCAGGGGUUGUCCCAGAGGCUGUCCAGCAGGAGAUGGGGGGUCCAUCCCCAGCAGGGGGGCAGGCAGAGGCCAAGCCCUUCCAGUGCGGUGUCUGCGAGAAGUGGUUUUGGAAGGAGAAGCUCAUGCUGGCUCACCAGCGCACCCACGGCACCCCCAGCCUGCAGCCGCCUCCGCAGCCCGGCACCCCCUGAAUCUGCUGCUGAGGGGCCAAUGGGGCCUGGGGGCUGCUGUGGGGGUAGCUGUGGGGGUAGGUCCUGGUUUUGUUUGGGAUAGAGUAAAUUUUGUUCCAAGUAGCUGGUGUGGUGCUGCAUUCUGGAUUGAGAAUGAGAAGAAUGUUGCUAAUUGUUGGGGAAUGGCUAUGGGAAAAGGGGCAUGGUUCCAGUGAUCCUCUGUAUCAGGAAAGUUUGUUCUAGUUAGCAUGAGUAGGCCCCAGUAGGCCUCAGUGAGCAAGAGUCAGAGGCGGCUGGUGACCGGAGGAAACCUCGGUCACUUACGGGCAAAGAUGAGUCUCAGUAAACAACUUUCAGGAACCAGCUCCGGGAAAAGAAGGAACUUGCAUACCAGAGAAAGCACAAGGAGGGUUGGGCUAAUUAUGUAUUCUCUCCAAUCAUUGAAUGACUAGUAGGCAUAAUUAUCUAAAGGGCUAUAUGAGUGUGUGCAACUUAUCAAUAAAUCGAAGUAUGCUUUAUCACUCA